GUGAAGAAAAAUGAAGAUAUUGCUAUUAAUGUGCUUACUCUUGGGUUUGUUAUGGGGAAUGGCUUCAACAACUCCUUCCCCAAACGAAAGAGACAACGAGGUGGGAAACCUGAUUAGUGCCCCAAUGUUCAAUGAAAUGUUCAAGUAUCAAAAGGAUCCAAAAUGUGAAAGCCAAGGGUUCUAUUGUUACGAAGCUUUUAUUAUAGCUGCUCGUUAUUUCAGUGGCUUUGGGUUUGCGACGACCGGAAAACCUUCCGUUCGAAAGAGGGAGGUAGCCGCUUUCCUCGCCCAAACUUCUCACCAAACCACCGGUGGAUGGCUCACUGGACCGGAUGGUCCAAGUUUCUGGGGAUAUUGCCAUAUAAAAGAAACAACAAAUGAUUCAUAUUGUGACCCAAAAUGGCCUUGCGCUCCUGCUCAAAAGUAUUACGGUCGAGGACCCAUGCAACUCCGAUACAACUUCAACUAUAUCAAAGCUGGUAAAGCAUUAGGAUUGGAUUUGUUGAAGAAUCCAGAUUUGUUAGCUACAGACCCAGUUGUGUCAUUCAAAACAGCCAUUUGGUAUUGGAUGACAUCCCGAGGCCUAAACAUACCAUCAUGUCACGAUGUUAUCAUCGGCAAAUGGCGUCCAACGAAAGCAGACAUAGCUGCUCGAAGACUUCCGGGUUUUGGUGUCAUUACAAACAUCAUCAAUGGCGGAGAAGAAUGUGGACAUGACGCUGAUAUUUCUGUUUUUGACAGAUUUGAAUUUUUCAUCCGUUACUGCAAGAUGAUGGGUAUCAAAACAGGAAAACACCUCCACUGCUUUUUUCAAGAUCCUUUUACCCGAAUGUAAUGGUUUAAUUAAACUAUGUUUUGGUGGCUAAUAAGACUUUCUUUCCAUUCUCGUUAGCUUUUUAAA